GAAGAAGAGGGGGGAGGUGGGGGAGGAGGGGGAGACGAGGAAGAAGAAGAAGAUAGAUUUCGACAGCGAGGGGAAGAAGGUGACUUACAAGUUUAACAAGGAGGAGGUGGAGGAGGAUAAGAAGAAGAAAAAGGUUGAGAUCAAGAAAUCGGCCGAGAAAGUGGAUGACGAGAAAGAGAUAAUAGAAUUGGUGAAGAAGGAGCGGGAGAAAGAAAUCGAAUUGAUCAGGGUGAAGAAGCCGAUCGUGAAGCCGAUCCUGUUCCCUUACAAGAAAGUGGUGAAAGUGUACGAGAAGCCGAUUGAGGACACCACGAUCAAGUACCAAUUAUCAAACCCGCUGUACGUGAAGCUCGGCUGGACCAUGCUCCCCGUUUCCAAAAUCAUGAGGAAAGUUAUCGAGUAUCAAACGAAUCCUGCCAAACCUCAUCUCGAUUGGUUCAAGAAAUACAGGCUCGAGAGAAGGCUGUACUACAACGACAAGCGGGUCUUCAUGAAUUUCUCCGGCUCAAGAUCGGCGGAGAUAUAUUAUCCGAACGGGAGCCUUGCCAUUAAAUUCAGCGGGCCGCCGGAGCGAGACUACGAUAUGUAUACUGUAUUCAGCCCAGGGGGCAAAGAUUUCAUGGGCGUGAAGAGGAGGCCCCAGAUCAUCGCCGUAUUCGACACGAUGGGGAACGGAGCCGUGUUCGACGAGGAAGGUGGGACGAGGAUUUCGUUCAAUCAGAUCGGAGGUGUUUGGAAGGAUAAUCCGACCGGCAUCCCCCUCACGUGGAGGUGGGACAUAUACGAAAAGACGCCGAUACUGGAGAACGUGUACGUGGAAAAAUCCUCGGUCCAUUUGGAGAAAUACUUUUACCCGCCGACGAUGAAGGUGUUCAGGAGCAACAAAGUGGACACGCCUUUGGUCGUUUCGCGAAUCAAGGAGAAGAAGUCUUCCGAGGACGUGAGAUUCGACGUGGAAUACGAGAAGGAAGAGGAGGCGAGGAGGGUGCGGGAGGCCGAGUCCGAGCAAAUUUACUCGAGCGAUGCGUGCUACUUGAAACCGAUCUUCGUGCGAAUGAACGAUCACAUCAGUCUGAAAAUCUUGAAUAGGCGCACCGUCACCCUUCGAUUCCUCGCCAACACGAAAAAUGUCAGAAUAGAGCUCGGCACUAUAUUAAAUUUGACCAAGGAGGUGGGAUUCUAUUUCGUAGACAUGAGGGUGAAAUUUAGUUUGCUGAAAUGCAAGUUCGACGAUCCGAUCCACAUAAGGCCUGAUAGCAGCGUGUACAACAUAUUCAAGGAAUUGGAGAAGAUCAAGAAAAUGGCCAAGCGUCGGGAGCUUAUGAUGGAGAAGUACAGGCCAUUCUUGCAAAAUUGGAAAAUGAUGGGGACUAGGUGUCGUCCCCGAUAAUUCCACGUCCGUUUCCCUCUUUCUUCGAUAAAAAUAAAUCCUCGAAUGGAACGGAAAAAGAAGGAAUAAUAUAAGAGGGGAAGAGGAUCAUUACAUUACACACAUUACGAUUUAUAUAAAUAAAAACGAGUAUGUAAUUGAAAUAUGAAUCAUGAAGUAAAAAUCAAAAUCGUUGCCUCGGUGUACAAAACUUUUUCUUUUCCUCGCGCCUUAUCGCCAACGAUACGUCGGCGAUACGUUUACGCGCAUGCGCGUAUCGCGGUCGCAUCGUCCAAUUACAUCCAUUCGUGUCGUGGAUCGACGCACGUUGCCAGUGUUCAUCCGCGUGUCGUGCAUCAUCGCAUGUAUGCGUGUACGUGUGUGGUAGUUGUGUAGUGUGUGUGUGUGUGUGUGUGUGGCGCGCAUGCGCUCAAGCACAUACUCGAAACAUACUAUCCUCCGUGUGUUAUCCCGAAGGGAAAUAUUUAUUAAAAUUCGAAUAU